CUGCCAACAAAGUAGGCUAUUCCAAAACUAAACGGGGAUAUUUUCCCUUCUCAGAAAAAUUUCACCGGAUUUAGACUACCAUUUCUAUAUAAGAUUCUUGUAUUCGUAGAAUGAAUAACCCUCAAUGUAACUCACACUGGAUCACUGUGAGAACUUUCUGAAAAAAAGAACAAAUAUCGACGACACACAACAAUUAGAUGGAGGACCUGGAAGGUACAGAUGGACGCCACUGUGCGGGUUGCGGGGGAACAAUUCAAGACACAUUCAAUGUGAAGGUUCUUCAAGGAACUUGGCACAAUGCCUGUUUUCAGUGCUCGGAGUGCUGUGACCACCUGACCAACUGGUACUAUGAGAAGGAUGGCAAGCUGUACUGCCGUAAACACUACUGGGAGAAGUUUGGAGAGCUGUGUCACGGCUGUUCUCUGCUCAUGACUGGACCUGCCAUGGUGGCCGGAGAAUACAAGUAUCACCCAGAGUGCUUUGUGUGUCUGAGCUGCAAAGUGGUCAUCGAGGACAGGGACACCUAUGCCUUGGUGGAGCGCUCCAAACUGUACUGUGGGAAGUGCUAUAAGCAGAUAGUCCUGGCGCCCGUGUUGGAGAAGCGUUCGGCCGACUCGGCCCUGGACUCUCUGCCUCACACGGUCACCCUCAUCUCCAUGCCCUCUGCCACCAACAGCAAGAGGGGCUUCUCUGUCUCUGUCAUAAGGGACGCGGCCAGCGGCUCGGCUAGCGUGCAAGUCAAAGAGGUCAGAGGGAUGCAUAUCAGCCCGGAAGUUCGGAAUGCCAUCCACGUUGGUGACAGGAUCCUGGAGAUCAAUGGUCUUCCAGUGGGGACACUGAUGGAGGAAGAGGUGGAGGACCUCAUCCAUCGGACCAGUCAGACACUGCAGCUGCUCAUAGAGUAUGAUCCAGUCAGGCAGCGGUUGGACAGGCUCAGACUGGGGUCCUCGCAAAACCGCUUGGGAGUACCCGCCACCUCCCGCAUGCGCCUGUCUUCGCCCUCUGACAGUGUCCUGGAGAGGACAGACGUGGUGGAUGAUGGCACCCUAAAGAGGAGGUCUCUAAGGCGUAGCAACAGCAUCUGUAAGUCCCCUGGGCCAACCUCCCCUAAGGAACACCCUAACCUGACCCGGGACAUCGGGCGCUCCGAAUCCCUGCGCUCCUCCAGCAGCUGCUCCCAUCGCAUCUUCCGCCCCUGUGACCUCAUCCACGGAGAGGUGCUGGGCAAGGGCUUCUUCGGCCAGGCUAUCAAGGUGACCCACAAAGCCACUGGUGAGGUGAUGGUGAUGAAGGAACUGAUUCGCUGUGAUGAGGAGACCCAGAAGACCUUCCUAAAGGAGGUCAAAGUGAUGAGGAGUCUGGAACAUCCCCACGUGUUGAAGUUCAUCGGCGUGCUAUAUAAGGACAAGAGGCUGAAUUUAAUAACCGAGUUUAUUGAGGGAGGCACACUGAAGGAUUUCAUUAGAGACAUGGACCAGUUUCCAUGGGAGCAGAGGGUUAGUUUCGCUAAAGGCAUUGCUUCUGGAAUGGCUUACUUGCAUUCAAUGAGCAUCAUCCAUAGAGACCUUAACUCUCACAACUGCCUGGUGAAACUGGACAACACAGUGGUGGUGGCAGACUUCGGCCUAUCCCGGCUCAUGGUGGAGGAGAAGGUCAAGCAACCUCCCCCUGAGAAACUGGCCAAUAAGAAGAGGGUGUUCAGGCGCAUUGACCGUAAGAAGCGCUACACGGUGGUGGGGAACCCUUACUGGAUGGCUCCAGAGAUGCUGAACGGUAAACGCUAUGAUGAAAAGGUGGACAUUUUCUCCUUUGGGAUUGUGCUUUGUGAGAUUAUUGGGCAGGUUAAUGCAGACCCAGAGUGCCUUCCCAGGACCUAUGACUUUGGCCUGAAUGUAGACAAGUUCAUGGAGAAGUUUCUCCCUGACAACUGCCCACCAGCUUUCUUCCCAUUGGCUGUGGCUUGUUGUGACCUCAUCCCUGAAAACCGGCCUGCCUUCCAGAAGCUGGAGGACUGUUUCGAGGCCCUGUUCCUUAACCAGGAGAUGGGCAUCCCUCUGCCAGCCGAACUGGAAGAGCUGCACCAGAAACUGUGUCGACUCCACCCUCCCAAAGAAAGCUCCUCGCUCCCAGCUCCCCAGAGCACAGUCCCAACGCCAGCCCCAACACAAGCCCUUCCAGAGGAGCCCAGCCAGGCUGACAACGGCACCUAGCAGACGCCUGCCCCUCUGGAUCCCCAAGCCCUCCCUCCAAGACCACGGCCUAGACUUCUGCACUAACACAGCUGGAGGAGGAGUGGGGAAGACGAACCUAACUCAUGCCAUCUGGGAACUGGAUAACCUGAGCUAGCCGGACCAAGCUCCUCUCUCUCUGUGUGGGAUGUUGAUAUGGUCUGUAGUGGAUGUGUGUGAGUGACCAUACAGCUCUGAGAGCACCAAGGAACUGCGGUGUGUAUGUAAACUGGAGACAACGGAGGAGACACAUUUCAAUGAAGACUAGAGGUGUUUGGUAUUUUUUUGUCCUGUUUAAUAUUUUUUUUAUUUUUUUUGCACACACCAGGACAUGCAGGGUUUUACACAUCUGUUUACCAUACUACCAGAACCUGUUAUGUGGUUGGUUCACUGUCGGUCACUACUCUCUCAAUAUGAUUCCUUAUUUUAUAGAGAGAAUCUCUCCACAGCAUUUAAUAUCAAUCCCCAUGUGAAAGCUGUUGUGUUUUUCACUAACUGUUUUUAUCUCGUCGGGUGGGUCUGAAGUUAUAGUGUGCUAUGUGUGGAGAUGAGACCCAGCCCAUGAGAAGACUCGCUCGGCAGGCAGCAGCAGAGAAAAUAGAGAUGUGUAACAGACUAGCUGACGGCUGGCUCAGAGUUAACCCAGGGCAGGGCAUUUGGGAGUGAAGUUUGUUUACCAUCAGGAGGACAGAGGGGUAUCCUACGAAGCAGGUUUGAGUAGUUAGCAAGGUAACUUUGGUCAACUCUGAGUUCAAUUCGGAAUAACCGGUCAUACGGAAGUGACUCACCAUUUAUCCAGGUACAUUUCUAUGACAAUGAAUUCUUCAGAACUAACCUUCUCCGGGGCAGGCUAAUUCAGUUGACUCCACUUACCCUGAAAUGACUGAGCCACGAGUUGAGGACCAAUGAAAUCAGAUUCCCUCCCUCUUGCAAAGAUUGCAUCAUCAUCCCUUUCAUUUGAGGAAGACGACUGAUUAAAAGAUUACAUUACACAUUUAUUAUUGAUGACAUGCAUAAAAAUGUUCAGGCACGGUACCACUUUUGUAUGACUUAAUACAAUUAUUUUAUCGAUAGGAGUGGGGAAAAAAGGUGGUUGUGCAUUGAUAAGCACACUAAAGUCGGCAUUAACGAUAAGUAAUAAAUACACCAUAGCCUGCUGAAUUUGCAAGAUAACUUUUAUUUUAGUUUGACUUCGGCACAAAUGAAAAUGUGGCACUGACUUGCCCAUGGAUUGAUGUUUCAGCAUUGUCUCAAUGAAGAGUUCGACUAGCCACGUGCGACAUGCACUCGCAGUUUCAAGCCUGCUAGAGUUAGCGGCAGGCGGACGAGCAAUAUCAACCGUCAUAGUACGGAUGAAGCCUGAGCUGGAAUGUGAAGUUAACUGAAACUAGUUAGCUUUAGAAAACCCUGAGUAGAUUUAGCUUGCUUCGUAGGAUACCCCUCUGGUGUGAAGAGCACAGCAGGGACCAAACAAGCACUCUGAGGAGGCCAAGAACUGUCACACUAGUCAGAGAAAUAUUUGGAGCUGUGUCAAGGGAAUGUUAUGAGCUCACUGACCAGGAAUAUCCUUGUCAGACAGUGCUUCACCUUGAAAUGGGACUUUCUUUGAGGCCCUUGAUCUUAGAGAACUUCCAAGCUUCACUGAUGGCAUCAGAUCCACUCUACAACCGUUAACAGUAAUCAUCCUUUAGUUUUAUUGUCAGUUGGUAGUUAUUGUCAGUUGGUAGUUUGGUAGUUGUCAGUCAGUUGGUAGUUAUUGUCAGUCAGUUGGUAGUUUGGUAGUUAUUGUCAGUCAGUUGGUAGUUUGUGGGGCAUCUACUGAUGUCAAGUUACUGUAGAGGGUGGUAAUGGUAGUCUAUAGAUUUUCUUAACAUUAACUAAAUGUUUUCAAUCCACUAAAUUAACUAUGAAUUUGUUUCUGUUCACAUGGAGACAAAAAUUGUAUUAUGAUUUGGGAAUUUGGAGCUGUUGACUGAUUUGGAGUUUGUUAUAGGAUGAAUAGUGUUUUUAGAUGCACCACACCUUCAGAACCGGACUGGUACCUGGUGCUUGUUGUUAAGGACCACUCAACACAGAGCUCUGUAUGCGCUCCAGAAUCUCAGCUCUGAUUGGACAGUGUGAACCUGGUGUGUACUCAAUGGAGCUCUGCUCUCAAAGGCAUUGUACAACUUACUAAAAAGGCUCCGUUUACACAGGCAACCCAAUUCUGAUAUUUUUUCCACUAAUUGGUCUUGACCAAUCACAUCAGAUCUUUUCACAGCAGGUAGCCUAGCG